AGUUAUGGAGCAAGGCUUCGGACCUCGGGGUGUCCGCUCCGGCCCCCGACCAGUUGAGCUCGACUUGCCCCCACUGAGUAGACCUCACUGACACCGCCCCUGUCGUCCCGUCCCGCUCCCUCCAUCGAGCCCGACCCCUCCCUUUCACCCCGCUGAGCCCAGCCCUCUCACACCUGGACUUCACUAUGCCCUCCCUGAUCCUCUGGAUUCCCUUCCCACCUCGAGUCCUCCUGCCACCACCCACCCUGCCCCUCAGCUGGCCCCUGCUCCGCAGUGCCAGAGAGGGUGGGACCUGGGCUUUGGGUGUGGCGUAGGCGUAGAGGUGAGGUCACAGGAGGGGCGGAGGGCAGGUGCUCCGCAGCGCGCGUUGUCCGCAGGCUGGCCAGGCUGGGAACCGGGGGAGGCUGCAGAAGGCUGACCAGGCGGCGAGGCGGUGAGGGCACUGGCGGGCAGAGAAAGGCGGCGUGCUAGGGGUGCUGAUGACGGCAGUGGCCGCAGGGCUGGGGGAGCAUGGCACCCAGAGGGGCCAGCCGUUGGGCAAGGGUCUGGUCAGCGCCUGGAAAGUGGCCCUAUCAGAGGCUGACAUCUGCCUGAGAAGUCCUGAGAUCUGUGGCCCCCACCCAAUCCUGCUCCUUCCCCCAGAGCUCCAGAGGUGCAGACCCUCUGCCUGUUGGGGGUAGAGAUGGACAGCAGGCAGCUGAGUCCCCUGAGAAGGCCGCCCCAAUCUCAGCUCGUCCAAGAGCACAGGCAGCCGUCUCCCCCAAGCAGCCCGUCCGCAGCCUGGGGCCAGCCAGACACCCGAAACAGCCCUCAGGAGGAACAGCAGACACAGGACUGGGUGUGCGAGCCGCCGGAGCGCAGGCGCUCAGGCCGGCACUGGAGCUUCAGCAUCGAUGAGCGCCGGCGGCUAGCCAUGCUGGGCGCCCGGGAAAGGCAGGACGCAGAUGGGACCCCUUCCCAGAGCAGGGACAUCACGCAAAUCGUGGCUGAGCUGGUGUCUGAGGACGUGGACAAGGACGUGCUCCUCCCCCACCUUCCGAGAUCCGCCGCGACUUCCACGAGUUCCACCACCUUCCACCGCUUCCUGGCCCGGGGCGCGCCCUUAUGGCAGAACUCGACCUUUGAGACCCAGACCUCGAGGUCACCCCCUUCCUAA